AGACAACAACGAUAUUGAUGAAUCAUCGCAUACAAAGUGGUUUAUUUCUCAACUAUAAAAGCGCUCAAAUUAUUACAGUUUUUCGAUAACCGAUAAGAGCUGAAGGACAUCAAUAUAACUAGAGAUUUCACAGCAACGAACUAACAACCUGCUUAACCAUGGAUGCUUAUCGGUUGUUUUUUCUGGUAUUGGUAUGCUUUACUUGCGUUAUACUCCAGGCAAAAAGCGAAGAAAACACUGACGCGAGAGCUGAGUCAGACAUGGACUUUGAAAGUCUCAAAAUCAGGGAGAAGAGGCGUAGUUCAUAUUUUUCUUCGCGCUAUCGCGCUUUCACCUACCGUCGCUGCAAAUAUUAUAAAUGGACACGCAUUGGCCGCCUUACUUGUCUAAAGCUGAAAAAAGUGGAUUGCCUGAACAACCGAUUAUGCCAGAGAUAUCAAGUGUGUUGCUUCGGAAAGGUUUUCAAGCCGCCAACUUCAACAGUUGUAGCUAUGAUGUCGACCUCUACACCAGUAGUCAGUGUAGCUCCCUCUACGCCUGUGAUGUCCGUGAGUCCAACAAACAUAGUUUCUCAGUCUGUAGCUCCGUCGUCCAGCGUAGCACCCUCACCAGCUAGCAGCAUGGUCAUGGUAGCGACCGUCUAGAGACAAUGGUUGUGUUGGUCGGUUGAUAUGACGCUGCCUUUAAUAGAAAAUCUACGGGUUACUUUGAAACUUUGUGGCACAAAAUUCCUUUUAGGUACCGGUGUUAUUAAUUUAAUUGAUGUAUUUCACGGAAGCAGUUAUGAACGAAUAAAGCAUUUUACGUAA